AUGGUUUUUUUUUUUUUUUCUUUCACAGUAAAUUGCGUUUUUAAAUCUUAGAAGUAUGUUGUUUUUUUAGAAUAGCUGGUCUUGGUAGAUAAAACCACUUUUUUCGCCUUUAAUGGAGAACAAAUAUCCCUCCAUACUACGUCGGUAGCCGAGCGGGUUUAGCAGUUGGUACAUUUUGAUACCGAAGAGGCUCAUCUGUCCGCCGCCGCCGCCGCUGCUGCUGCUGCUCCCCCCUCAGCGGGGAUUUGGACAAAGCCAGUCAGAUGUUGGACGAUAGGAUAAAUAUCCGGAACUCUUCGCGUUUUUACACCGGGUUUUGAAAUGGACUUUUCAAACUGAGCACCACUUGUAAAAGUGACGGCGGCGAGACGGUUUAGGAGGGCGAGAGUUUGGAUCUCGCACCGAGGGAAGGAGGAGGAAAAAGCCGCGGGGAAGAAGGGGCGAAGGGGGCCGAGAUCCUGAUGCCAGUGAUGGCAAACGAGCCGAUCAUCCUGAACGUUUAUGAUAUGUACUGGAUCAAUGAGUUCACCAGCUCUCUGGGCAUUGGAGUCUUUCACUCAGGGAUCGAGAUCUAUGGAAGAGAGUUUGCCUAUGGUGGACACCCAUACCCGUUCUCAGGGAUCUUUGAGAUCACUCCGGGUGAUGCCACCGAACUCGGCGAAACGUUCAAGUUCAAAGAAGCCAUCGUCCUGGGCAGCACAGACUUCACGGAGGAGGAUGUGGAGCGGAUCGUGGAGGAGAUGGGGAAGGAGUACAAGGGCAACGCCUACCACCUCAUGCACAAGAACUGCAACCACUUUUCCUCAACACUUUCAGAGAUCCUGUGUGGCAGGGAGAUCCCUCGUUGGGUCAACCGCCUGGCCUACUUCAGCUCCUGCGUGCCGUUCCUCCAGAGCUGCCUGCCCAAAGAAUGGCUGACCCCUGCUGCCUUACAGUCCAGUGUGAGCCAGGAGCUCCACGGAGCGGCCGGAGAGCUGGAGGAGGCCGAGGACGCCGCCGCCACCGCCUCCCUGGCCUCCAUGUCGCCCUCCGCCUCCUCCAGCCCCCCCUCCUCUCUGCCUCGACACUGUCGCCCUCAGCCCCGCAGGUAGAAGCAGGGGGUGGGGGAAAACCACGGGCCUUCACCCCCUUUCUUAAAGAGACAGUGUCCUAAAGGAGAAACCGCAGCAGCCACAGCCAAAAGUCCUGUCAGACCGUUGAUUCAGGCGUCCAGACUCGCUCCGUGUGGGACCAUCGGGACAAUCUGACCCCGUCUGGACCUGUGGAAGGGUUCUCACUGAUCCCCAGAUCCCCCUGAAAACUCAACCCAUUUCCACUCGUUUCUCCUUUACCUACAAACCACAUGCAGGUUGUACCAGCAUUUACUUGUCACCCCCUCCACCUGGUUAGAGUGUAAAAACAUCUCCGGAGCAGUCGCAAACUAUAAACUCCUUGGUACAUUGACAUGGAAAAUUUCUCUUUUAUUUUAAACCGUUUUCUAAAAGUUUUUCUUCAUGGAAAAUGUCAAUAAGCUUAAAAAUAAUCUUUUAUCUAUACCUGUCCAAUCAUUUUGAGGCGAAUCUCUGGUGAAAUUAAGUUUCUCUCGCUGCUGAUUACGGCAUUACGACCUGAAUCCCUGGUAAAGGUGCUUGUGCACAAUUUUUCACUGAAGUAGCAAACGUUAGAGAAAUCCAACCUUUAAUUCAAAAAUGAGCUUGAAUUGGUGUCCGAAGAACCGUUUGUGAGUCGAUUCCUCCAUGCGUUUUGGUUUUUUAUUGUUUAAAAUGUGCUGCCGUUUCAAAGAGUUGGGGUCGACAUGCUCCAACCAGGUUCCCAAUGACAUCUGGGAGGGAAGCGGGCCUACGGCAUCACAAACAAAGCAGCGCUUGUUGCUGCAGAGCAGCUCCGGUUAAUUUAGUAAAACUCUCCACAUCUUUACCUUUCGUAAUUCCUCUCCGAUAACUUGGUGGUUUUAAAUGUCUUCGUGAUUGUUCUGGCUGCAGAUCAGAGCAAGGCGAGGAGAGGAGUUAUUUUCUCGAACAUCAACAAGCAUCAUUUUUCUUUUUGCGCCAUGCUCUCUUGUCUUUCCUCUUUUGAAGAGUGGCUCUGUGCCACAUCAUAUUUUUCACACAAGAUCAUGAGUUUGUAAUCCAAAGUUUGUCUGCCAUCAUCUGAUGAUCUGAACUUCAAAAACGUAUUGGGUGAAUACAGUUGUGGCUUUACACUGCAAAAACACAAAAUCUUACAAAGUACUUUAAAUAAGACUAACUCAUAAGUUUUGAGCAAGAUAUAUGAGUUUUUAUUUGUCAAUAAUUUGUUAAUACUGUCCUUUAAAAAAAAAGCUAAUAGUUACACAGUUUGAGUAAAAAA